UAAGUAAGCGCCUGAAACAGUAAAGUGCGAUAUGUAUUACCAUGAAAUCAGUCAAUAUAACAUCACUGAUAACACACCUGUGGUAUUCAGCUAUGUGUAACAAAUUUCUAUUCCGAUAAUUCUUAGAAAAAUGUAGGGCAACUACAAAUAAGUACGUACGUGUGAUAUAAUUAUUAGCAUUUUCUUCUUGACAAUAAAUUAUCGCUUCGCUAAAAGGCGGUCGGGCGCUCUCUGUUUGUCGUUUUCAUCUUUCAGGCAGUCGACGGCGGGUUACCCCGAGCGCGGCACCUCGGAGCUAUCAGUUGGUCUUGCGACGCAGCCCAUUGCAGACAGGGCGGGGUUACAGCUGGGAAUAAUUGUUGAAAAACUUAGGCGGGGUAGCAGUUUGAACUUUAACAAAGUGUUGGGGCAGUGUCAGACUUUUUACAUUCUGGAGAGGGUGGCUUAAGUGUAGUUAGCAUAUUUAUACAAGUUCAGUAGUAAUGGUUCGUUGCUUCCUGUUGUCGUGGCAAGGCAUGGUGUGGGCGGGUCUGUCGCUGGCGCUGUGGGCGGCGGCGGCUCGGGCGGGCGCGGCGCGGCCGGCGGGCGGGCGCUACGACACCGCUACCCCGCAUUCGCCGCCCUACCGACCGUACAAGUACAUACCGCUGCAGUCUAGCUAUGACCGCUACAGCCCGGACAACUUCGCCCCGUCCCCCGCGGAGGCUGACCUCACCCCCGGCGGCGGCGGCGGCGGCGGCAUGGCACCCUCGGAGCUGAUCCUCACGGCGCUGCGGACCGCGCUCGACAUCGUGCGGAAGGUCAACGCCUCGCGGAGAACAACUAGCAAUGUUGCAGCGAAGAACAACACUGCUGUGGCGGUCCGCCGCCGCAACAGCACAGCGGUAGUCAGCGGGCGCGGCAUGGACUACUACGACGACCACGAGCACGACCACGACCACCACCCGGAGCCCACGACCACGGCGCGCCCCGCCCGCCCGCGCUACACCGACCCCUGGGCCGGCUACUACGACUGGAUCAUCAACGAGGGCUCCUUCAAGUUCUGGAGCGUGUUUCAGAUCUUCACCGCCGCACUGCUGCUCUACGCCUGUCUAUCCGCUAUCUACUACGCAAAAUUCAACCCAAUCAUACCGGAUUACGACCGAGAAUACGACGACUACUUCCUGGAGCGCACAGUGGGCCGGCAGGCGAGGAGUCUGGACUCCUGGGAGCUUCCUUCUGGAUCCAGCUGGAUCAACCCCCGGACCUUCCAGUUCAUUCUAGAUGCUAUAUCUAAGCAUUAUGAGGAUUGA